ACUUGUCAAAAAAACUUUAAUAUGGCGGCCGUCGGAAAGCAGCGGCGAGGCGAAAAGCGAAGUCGAAAACAAGCCAGUGAAAGCAAUUUUCCUAAAACGCAAAUUGAUGAGAACUCUCCAAUCAUAAAAUCAUUCAGGAAGCACCAACAAGAGCUCGACUCGCGGCACGAUAAGCACGAGCGUUUGGUCAAAUGUAGCAGGGAUGUGACCAUAGCAAGCAAGAGGAUUAUCUUCCUUCUCCAAAGAGCCGGUGGCGCUGAUGACCAAGAACCCAUCUUAAAAGAAGCUGACGAAAAGUUCCUGGAAGUCAAAGAACUCUUGAAGACGAUAGCCUCGGAGUUGGGUGGAGAAGAUUCAUAUUUAUUCUCCAGAGCGUAUUCUCCUGGUUUACAAGAGUACAUCGAAGCAUUGUCUCUUUCCCAUUUCCUGAAGAACAAGACUCUCAUUUCGUACGAGCAAGUUAAAGCGACGUUUGAAUUUUCAAAGGAGGGAGGGAAAGAUCUAGAGUUAAACCCGUUUGACUACAUCCUUGGAGUCGCAGAUUUAACAGGCGAGCUGAUGCGUUUAUGCAUAAACAGUGCUGCAAACGGAGACAAAGAAACCCCUUUCGAAGUUUGUCGCUUUCUGCGUGAUAUUCACGAUGCUUUCUUGUCGUUUGGUAACGUUUCCAGGGAUGUGUCGUCAAAACUGAGAGUGUUAAAAGCGAGUAUGAACAAGGUGGAAGUUGCCUGUUACACCUUGAAAGUUCGGGGCUCGGAAAUUCCCCAAUUUGCGCUGGCUGAAGCGUUAAACACAGAUAUUAUCAGUACUCAAGACAGGGAUAAUUAACUUUUAGAGGCAAUACGCGACCAAUUUGGUGUUAUACUGUUCAGAAAAGAUAAAUGGAAAAUUAAAAAUAUACGUUUUUGUUA